AUGAAGCAUGGUGCAGUUGCGGAAGCGACUGCGCUCGAUGCUGUGCGGUCGAGAAAGCGAUUAGAUUCGAGCUACCUAGAUCCUACCGCACCGCGCCGACCGCAGCCGCAUACGCAACUGCACCGUGCUUCAUGUCGUUUUGAUCCUACUGUCCCACGAACUUGUUUCAAAGGUGGGUACAAACGAAGGACAACACAUGCGCAUCGUUUCCUGGUCCUAAUGAGAGCCGAAACUAAAUCGGUCGCCAGCACGGGCAAUACAUUUGGUUUGAAGGAGGAAGCUUAG